UUCCGUAGCACGUUUUUGAGCCGUCACUGUGACCAGCUAGAGCAGAACAGCAUGGCGAGUAAAGAUCCUGGGGGCUUUUUGCAGCAGCUGAGGCAGAUCGCUGGUCGAAUGGGGUCUGGCCCUCGAGGAGCUGGACUGGGUGUGAAGCUACUUAUUGGGGCUGGAGCCCUCGCCUACGGUGUCAAAGAAGCCACAUACACCGUGGAGGGUGGGCAGAGAGCCGUUAUUUUCAACAGAAUUGGGGGAAUGCAGAUGGACACAGUGCUUGCUGAAGGAUUGCACUUCAGGAUACCAUGGUUCCAGUAUCCAAUCAUCUAUGACAUUCGAGCCAAACCCAGGAAGAUUGCAUCCCUAACUGGAAGCAAAGAUCUACAGAUGGUAAACAUAGGGCUUCGUGUGUUGUCCCGGCCCAUCGCCUCCAACUUGCCGACCAUGUACCAGCAGCUGGGGAAGGACUAUGACGAGCGUGUUCUUCCCUCCAUCGUCAAUGAGGUGCUCAAGAGUGUGGUAGCCAAAUUUAAUGCAUCCCAACUGAUCACACAGCGAGCCCAGGUGUCACUGCUCAUAAGGAGGGAGCUAAUCGAAAGAGCUAAAGACUUUAACAUCAUCCUAGAUGAUGUGGCCAUCACAGAGCUCAGCUUCAGCAAAGAGUACACUGCGGCUGUGGAGGCAAAACAAGUCGCCCAGCAGGAGGCCCAGAGGGCUCAGUUCUACGUUGAGAAAGCCAAACAGGACCAGAGACAGAAGAUUAUCCAGGCUGAGGGUGAAGCCGAGGCUGCUAAAAUGUUGGGUCAAGCUGUGACGAAGAACCCUGGCUACCUAAAACUUAGACGUAUCAGAGCGGCACAGAAUAUUGCCAAAACGGUGUCAGCGUCUCAGAAUAAGGUGUACCUGAGUGCAGACAAUUUGGUCUUAAACCUCCAGGAUGAUUCCUUUAACAACCUGUCAUUGGGGAAGUAAGAAGCAUCAUUCAUGGGCAACAUAUGCAUUCCAUAUGUUAGCAGUUUGCUGAACCGCUGUAUUAUACCUUCAUUAUAAAUAGGACUGUGUACCCUAGGAAAGACCUGGUUGGGUUGGACCUUACACGUAUACCCAUUUUACACAGGUGUUUGUCAUUUAGCAGGACUUAGUUGGUGAAUUCAGCUCUAGAUUUGGCACUAUAGUAUCAGUCGACAUUAAAUGCUCACAGUGUCCAUUAUAAUAAGUUUUCAAAACAUUUGAAACAAUAAAUAGCCAUCUCUAAAGACACGUGUAAGACUUGGGGCCAGUCAGGUAAAUAGUUGCUUGUUUACUGUUUACAGAACAUACUCUUUUCUUUACAGUUUAAUGUGAUUCCUUUCAAGCUGUUGAUUAUCCUGUAUAACGUGUGAUAAAAGAAAUUUUGAUUAAAAAAAGUUUUCAAGA